AUGUUUUCAACGCGUCGCCAGCUUGAAAGAAGAACGGGUAAAUCUGGAACUCCAAGAUUUGAAUAUCUUGAAGAACUUGUUAAUGAGUAUCAGAAUACAAAUGAUCAAGAGGCUAAAUAUCAAGUAUUAGCAAAUUUAGCUAAUUUCGCAUACGAUCCUAUUAACUAUGAUUGGCUUUUGCAAUUAAAUGUAGUAGAUUUAUUUCUCGAUACUUUAAGUGAGCCUGAUGAAAAAUUAAAGGAAUUUGGUUUAGGUGGACUAUGCAAUUUAUGUUUAGAGACUCGAAAUAAAGAGCAUAUAAUUGACAAUGGUGGAAUUCCAAUGAUAAUUGAUUGUUUAUCCAACGAAAAUUUAAAUACACAAUUGUCAGCAAUAACAACAUUAAUUUUCUUGAUAACACCAAAAAGUGAACAAUUUAUUCUAACGGAACAUGUUAAGGAAGAAAUCAUUAAAUUAUUACAAUGCGAUAGCGUUUGUGUAAAGAAUUUGGCUACUAUAUUUUUAGAGGACUAUUUUUCUUCUAAAGUUGACAAGAAUGCAUCAGAGAAUGUAAUUGAAUAUAAUAAACAAAAUAAGAAAAGAAAAGAUAACGAAUUAAAUUACUAG